UAGCUUUAACAAAUUUUCAAGGUAGUGUCACAACUCAAUUUGUUAAUCUGACUAUUUUUUACUCCUCUCGUGGAAAUUGGCGAGGAGGACAUAGUGGACACACUAGAGGUAAAGGGAGAUCAGGACAUGGUGAGAGACCUUAUUACGCUCUUUGUGAAAAGCAAAGGCACUAUGUUCAGAACUGUUUCAAGCAUUUUGAUCGAUCUUACAAGCCUUCAAGCUUCACCAAUAGCAACAAGAAUUCAUUUGAGGCAACUGAUUCAACCAGAACUCGAUCUUCUAUGCUUCACCUAAGGUUGUUAAUGAUGAGUCUUGGUACCUUGAUAGUGGUGCUACCGCCCAUGUCACUAAUGAUGCCUCAAGAUGGCUUCAGUAAUAAGAAGGCAAUACUUGAUGAUCAAAUUCAUCCACAGGAGUUCUUUAAGGCUUCUCUAGCUUUUCCAUUAACUCAAUUCUUAAGCACAAGCACAGCUCAAAAUUCUGCCUCCUAUGUUUCUCCAGUAAGAAUUCAUUCUGCAUAUUGUGAUUCUGCAACAAAUGAUACUAAAAUUAGUCUACAUCCAUCUGAUUCAGAUGCUGCACUAGAAAAUAUUCAUGCAGAACUAGUCAUUGAUCAUAAUUCUCACUCUUCUAUGAUUGAUAGAGCAUUAUCAAUACAACAGAAUUUUGAUCCAGUAGUAAGGCAUAACAAUAAUAUGCAAAAUCAAUACUAAAUGACAACAAGAAGUAAAUCAGGUAUUUUCAAACCUAAAAUCCCUUAUGUUGGUUUGAUUACAUCUGAAGAAAAUUGUGUUGUGGAACCUAAAAGUUUUCAAGAAGCUUUAAAGUCUAAUAUAUGGAGAAAGGCUGUGAUUGAAGAGUUCAAUACUCUUAUUAAAAAUCAAACCUGGGUCUUAGUUCUUGCUGCAGGAAAAGAGAGACCAGUUGAUUGCAAAUGGGUUUUUAAGAGCAAAUUUGGUGUAGAUGGAAAGUUUCUUAAACCUAAAGCAUGAUUAGUGGCUAAGGGAUUUCAAUAAUAUCAAGGCGUUGAUUAUGAUGAGACAUUUAGUCCUGUUUUGAAGCCUUCUACUCUAAGCCUUCUACUGUUAGCUUUUAGUGGUAGAUUAGACAAAUUAACAUUAAUAAUGCUUUCUUGAAUGGCUACCUACAAGAAAAGGUACUCAUGAGCAACCUGAAAGAUUCCUUGAUAAAAGAUAUCCUAAUCAUAUUUGCUUGCUAAACAAAGCAAUUUAUGGUUUGAAACAAGGCCCUAGGGCUGGGUUUGACAGGCAGAAGAAUACUCUGAUGAGCUGGAAAUUUGUUCACUCCAAAUGUGAUAGUUCAUUAUUCUUUCUACAAGCAAAUACUAAUAUCAUGUUUUGCUUAGUUCAUGUGGAUGAUAUUAUCAUUACUGGGACCAAUUUGAAUAUGCUGACCUUGUUUAUCAAAGAGUUAAAUGCUUUGUUCCCUCUCAAAGAUCUAGGCAAUUUACAUCACUUUCUUGAAGCAGAGGCUUUUAGAGAUACUACUAGGGUUUAUGUCAAAUAGGAAAAGUAUAAUUUGAGAUUCUCAGAAGAUGUAGCAUGGAGCAAUGUUCAGCUGUACCCACACUCAUGCUUGUCAAUAAAAAUAUGUCCAUUCAUGAUAGGAUACCCUUAUCUAAUCCUACUUUAUUAGACAGAUUAUUGGGGCUUUACAAUAUUUGGUUAAUACUAGACUGGAUAUCAUGUUCUCAAUUAACAAGCUCAGUCAAUUUCUUCAACAACCAACAGAUAAGUAUUGGCAAGCAGUUAAAAGAUUGCUAAUUACUUAAAGGGAUCCUCUGAUUUAGCUCUUCAUAUCAGACUAAGCACAUACCUCAAUCUACAAGGGUUUUCAUAUGUGGAUCGGGCUGUGUGUGUCGAUGAUAAAAAAUCAUUUGGAGGCCACUGUGUAUUCUUUGGUGACUCCUUGAUUGCUUAGUCUAACAAAAAGCAGAGAGUUGUUGCUCAAUCAAGCACAGAAUCUGAGUAUAGAUCCCUUACAGACCUGGUGACUGAAAUUGAGUGUCUCCCAUCUCUGCUUUUUGAAGUUGGAUUGAAGAUUGAAUAGAUUCCUCUGCCUUGGUGUGAUAAUUUAAGUAUUGCUACAUUAGCGUCAAACUUCAUUUAUCACGCUCGAACUAAACACAGAGCUCGAUGUGCAUUAUAUUUGUGAUAAAUUGAUAAAUCAAAAUCUGAUUUCCAUUACAUGCCUUCUGCUGAAAAUAUAGCUGACAUUUUCACCAAAGUGAUGACUCACUCUCAAUUUCUUAGUCUUAGAAACAAACUCAGACUUUGCAAAGCACCCAUUUCUCAUUUGAGUGGGGAUGUCAAGAUAAUAGAGCCCAAUUCAGUUUUAUGUAAGCGCAACAAUAAUAAAGCCCUAAUUGCUUAUAGCUCAAUAUGUUCAUAACAUAUAUUUAUCUUGUAUAUUUGUAAUUGUAAUUAUUUAUUCUUUAUGAUGUAACAUGUGUUUACAUCUGAUGUAUUAGGGUUUCUAUUUAAUCCUUAUAUAUAGUAAUGUAUUCAUGGGGCUCUGUGCA